AGACUUGGGGUUGCACUGAGGUUUAAAACCCAACUCAUUGACACCCGUAGGCUUCAAGCAGGGUCCGAAGGAGCUUAAUUGAUAGCCUAAGGAUGCUGAAGACAGCUGAACCCUCUAAAGUAGCCCAUUCUAAUUAAAAUGGGUAAUUGGGUUGGCAUUUGAAGCUUAGACCAAGGCCGAAGGGAGUGCCGACUCUCAACUUGGGUCUCUGUCAGUGAUGGCGAAGGAAGCAGGAGAGGUUCCUCUCCUUGGAAAUUCUGCUACAGGGACCUCUUCGUGGGCUCAAACGUUUGGAAACAUCAUAGUUGCCAUCAUAGGCACAGGCGCCUUAGGCCUCCCUUAUGCUUUCAAGGUUGCAGGUUGGCUCGCAGGAGCUCUAGGAGUAACCAUCGCAGGCAUCUCCACUUAUUACUGUAUGCUUCUUCUAGUUCAUUGUAGGAGCAGAUUAGCUUCAACCUCAUCAUCAUCUGGUGAUGAAUGCGAUGAAAUUCACACAUAUGGGUAUCUGGGUUACAAAGCAUUCGGAAGAUCAGGUCGGUACUUCACCGAAUCCCUCAUAGUAGUCUCGCAAUUCGGAGGUGCUGUAGCUUAUCUUGUCUUCAUAGGUCAGAAUUUGUCAUCUAUAUUCAGAACCCACAACCUCAGCUUCUCUUCGUUUAUAUUCCUUCUUGUCCCAAUCGAAAUUGCUCUCUCUUGGAUUCGUUCCCUCUCUGCUCUCGCCCCUUUUAGUAUCUUCGCUGAUAUAUGUAAUAUAUUGGCAAUCGCGGUUGUUAUGAAGCAAGACCUCCAACUGUUCGACGGAUUUCCUGAGAGAAAAAUGAUUACAAGCCUUGCAGCGUUCCCAUUCGCCGGGGGCGUUGCUGUGUUUUGUUUUGAGGGUUUUAGUAUGACAUUGGCUUUGGAGAGGUCUAUGAGAGAAAGGAAGAGAUUUCCAUGGGUGCUUGGAAUGGCUUUCUUAUGGAUAACGCUUGUCUAUGUGUUGUUUGGGUUCUUUGGUUAUUUGGCUUAUGGAGAUCAAACCAGAGACAUUAUAACCCUCAAUCUUCCAAAUGAUUGGUCUGCUGCGGCUGUCAAGAUUGGGCUUUGUUUGGGACUGACUUUCACAUUCCCAAUCAUGAUGCACCCCAUAAAUGAGAUCAUAGAGGAAAAGCUGAAACAAAGCGAGUGGUUUCAGAAACUUUGCCAUUACAAUUCAGGCAGAGGAGGAGGAGCAAAAGAGAGGUAUGUGGUGUAUGUAAGCAGAGCCCUUGUGGUGUUGGUGGCAGUGAUGCUAGCUUCGAAGGUCUCUGGUUUUGGUGUGUUUGUGUCAUCGGUGGGGAGCACGUUAUGCGCACUGCUCUCCUUCGUCUUGCCGGCGUUGUUUCAUCUCAUCUUCUGUGGGGAUUCUCUGCGUUUGUGGCAGAGGGGUUUGGAUUACUGCAUCUUGGCUUGUGGGUUGGCUUUUGCUGCUUAUGGUACUUACAAUGUUGUAGCCAAGAGAAGCUCUACAGGUUCUUAAAACAUUACUUCUGGUAGUAUUGAAUCAUGUUAUCUUUCAUUGCUUUUGUACACUAGAACGCAUUGGGAAGUUGAAAGAAAAAUCAGAGUUGCAUGUUUCUCUUGUAAGCAGCAUUAAGUUGCUAGUGGCUGGAUAAAUAGACUUUUGAAACCAAAAACCAUGAAGUCUAGUUCAUUCUUUAAUGGCCUUAAGUUUAGGUCCAAUUAAGGCUCAUACAUGGUAAUUAGAGUCUUGUAUUUAGUUGGCUUUCUUGUAACUUUUUUAAUUUUCAAACGCAUUAUUGUAAUUUUAUUCAAUAACAAGUUUUGGGGUUGUUAAUGAGCUGAGAUUAUUUUGAAUAUGGUUUCAUUCA